AUGGCCGCCCUUACCAAGGCCCAACACCAACCCGCUCAAUACGAAGCUACCAAAGCGGCUGAGAUUGCCUUCAAAGCCAAAGUGAAAGUGGAAGGACACAUAGAGAUGGGAAUUUCCCCCCUCCUCGCCGGCCUCGGAUCCCGCAUCAAGGCCUCCCUCAUCUCUUCAAUCACUCUUCCCUCAGGAGCCUCUACCGACCAUCUCCCUGCCAUCACUGCAGCAUGCACAUCAUUUUUCAGCUCACUCUACAGCGGAUCACAACCCAUCCUGCAGGACACUCAGUUCUGGCAACACAUCCCCAAAUCAUUCCUCCCCCCAGAUCUAGUACAACGCAUGGAUGCGCCGUUCACUCUAGCGGAAAUUAACCGUGCCAUCUCCAACCUUCUUAAAGGAAAAACCCCCGGCCCUGAUGGCCUCCCAAGCGAACUGUACCGGACCCACAAAGCUCACUUUUGCCUGCUCUUCCUUUCCCUGCUAACGUCUUCCCCCUCUCCCCUACCUGCCCUUCCCCCGUCGAUGCUUCGCGGCCGCACAGUCCUCAUUCCCAAAAAGGGUGACUCCUCCUUGCUAGAUAACCUUUGCCCUGUCACGCUUAUGAACUCGGACUACCAAGUCAUCGCCCUCUGUCUUGCCUACCGCCUCCAACAAGCCCUACCGUUCAUCAUCCACCCCUCCCAAACAGCUUUUAUAAAACGCCGCAAAAUCGGGGACACCAUCAACGAUAUUCUCGAUAUUAUGGACUGGGCCUCCGUUAAAAGCCGACCCCUCAUCGCCCUCACUGUGGACAUUCGCAAAGCAUACGACUCCAUCGAUCGUGAAUUCCUCUUUUCCAGUUUGGCCCACCUCGGCAUCCCAACCUCCUUUAUUGCAUGGGUUCGCCGCUUGCAUACCAACACCUCUACCUGCGUCUCAGUCAACAACCUCGCCGGCGCUGACUUCCCUGUUCGGACCGGUGUACGGCAAGGCUGCCCCCUCGCCCCUUUACUCUUCAUUUGUGCCAUCGAAAUAUUUCAGCGUCACAUGUCUCUCUCACUCCCCGGUUUUGCUCUAUGUCCCGCGCAACGCCGUCUUAUGGCAUGCUGCGCUGAUGACGUCACCCUCUUUCUUAACUCUGAUGUCGAACUCGGCGUCGCAACCGACAACUUGCAAACUUUUGCCUUUGUAUCCGGGGAGCACUCCAAUUGGGCAAAAUGCUCUCUCUUGCUCUUUAACAUCCCCGCGCAAUCCGUUUCUCAUGCUGGUAACAUCCCAAUCCGCUCGUCCGCCGAGGCUGAAUGCAUCCUAGGUGUCUUUGUUGAACAAGACUCCCCCGGUCGCACUACUUGGGACACCACCCUGUCCAAAAUUCAACGCACGUCCAAAGUGUUGGCUGGUCUCCGCGCAACAACCUCUUGUCGCAAAUCGCUCUCCAACAUCUUCUUAAAUACGGUCAUCUCCUUCCCCGCUCGUUUCCAGCCUUUUCCUGCUCCGAUUCUCACCCGUCUGGAUGUUGCCGUCGGUAACUUUCUCUCUUCCUCUCGUUUCAAAGAAUACGGUCUCGCUGUCAGCCUUAUCCCAAACCGCAUCCUUUAG